AAAUGGCAGAAUGCGACUUUGGUGUGUUAUCAUGUGAGCUAAAGAAAUAAUGUUUUCUUGAUUAUUGUUAUCGUGAGUGGAUUUGAAAAUUGUGCAAUAGUGAAUUGUGAAAAACUAACCAUGGCGGACUUAAAAUCGCCGCCGUUUAGUGAUAUUAAAAGACCUGAGGAGGUGGUGAGGAUGACGACGAACGAUAGCCUGAAAUUUGCAGUUCUUAUCGGGCUGAUUGAAGUCGGACAGGUGACCAACCGGGAGGUGGUGAAUACAGUCCUGCAUCUGCUUGUGGGCGGCGAGUUCGACAUGGAGCUGAACUUCGUCAUCCAGGACGCCCAGAACAUCCAGCACAUGCUAGAACUGCUAGACCACUGCCCACCGAGCCUGCAGGCGGAGAUAUGGUCGGUGUUCAUCGCGAUCCUGCGCAAGAGCGUGCGCAACCUGCAGGCCUGCACCGACGUGGGGCUCAUCCACCACGUGCUGCAGCGGCUGCCCAAGGCCGAGACCGUCGUCGCAGACCUUCUGAUCGAGAUGCUGGGAGUGCUGGCCAGCUACAGCGUCACGGUCAAGGAGCUGAAGCAGCUGUUCAGCGCCAUGAAGGCCGUCAACGGGAAAUGGCCGCGGCACUCGGCCAAGCUGCUGAACGUGCUGCGCCAGAUGCCGCACCGGAACGGACCCGACGUGUUCUUCAGCUUCCCCGGACGGAAGGGCUCCGCGGUGGUGCUGCCCCCACUGGCGCGGUGGCCCUACGAGAACGGCUUCACGUUCACCACGUGGUUUCGGCUCGACCCCAUCAACUCCGUCAACAUCGAGCGGGAGAAGCCCUACCUCUACUGCUUCAAGACCAGCAAAGGCGUGGGCUACACGGCGCACUUCGUGGGCAACUGUCUGGUGCUGACGUCCAUGAAGGUCCGGGGGAAGGGCUUCCAGCACUGCGUCAAAUACGAGUUCCAGCCCAGGAGGUGGUACGCCAUCGCGGUGGUGUACAUCUACAACAGAUGGACGAAGAGCGAGAUCAAGUGCCUGGUCAACGGCCAGCUCGCCUCCAGUACAGAGAUGGCCUGGUUCGUCUCCACGAACGACCCUUUCGACAAAUGCUACAUCGGCGCCACCGCAGAGCUGGACGAGGAGAGGGUGUUCUGCGGACAGAUGGCGGCAAUAUACCUGUUCGGGGAGGCACUCACCACCCACCAGAUAUGUGCCAUGCAUAGGCUAGGACCCGGAUAUAAGAGUCAGUUUCGAUUCGACAACGAAUGCAACAUCAGUUUGCCGGAGAACCACAAAAGGGUGAGCGAGCCCGCUCCCGCGCUUGAAAGUGCUGAUUCCCCUGACCCUGAGACCUCUUCCUUAUCUCCCGACUCUCCCCCCGAGCCCGCUUCGCCAGACGAAGAUACCAGGAGCGCAGAUACCGACGAAGCAUGUGUAGUUGUGAAGGAAGACGCCACUCCUCGAGGAAGGCGCCUGGCCGACGAGGCGCGCGAAGUUGCCGCGGCGCAUGCUUCCCUGCUCGUAGAUAUUGAAGCAUGCAAGCGUGUGCUAUACGACGGCAAGCUGUCGUCGGCCAUAGUGUUCAUGUACAACCCAGUGGCGACUGAUGGCCAACUGUGUCUCCAGUCGGCUCCCAAGGGCAACGUGUCAUACUUCGUGCACACGCCGCACGCGCUCAUGUUACAGGAAGUCAAAGCGGUGGUUACGCAUUCAAUACACAGCGCGUUGAAUUCGAUAGGCGGGGUUCAAGUUCUAUUCCCGUUGUUCGCCCAACUGGACUUGCCGCACGACGCACCCGCAGCCGAUCCCAAAAGAGACCCCAUGCUAUGUUCCAAGCUCCUCGGCUUCGUCUGCUCCCUAGUGGAGUCUUGCAGCACGGUCCAGCAGCACAUGCUGCAAUGCCGGGGCUUCCUGGUCGUCUCUCACAUGCUGCAGCGCUGCAGCCGCGACCACCUCACGCCGGACACCCUGGCUUCCUUCCUACACCUCACCAAGCACCUGGUGACUUGCUGUUCACCCAACUCGGAUCUCCUGCUGAAACAGUUGCUCGACCACAUCCUGUUCAACCCGGCUCUAUGGAUCCACACGCCGGCUGCAGUCCAGGCUAGACUGUACUGCUACCUGGCCACAGACUUCCUGGCUGAUGCGCACAUAUACGGCAGCGUGAGGAGGGUUAGCACUGUUCUUCAGACAGUCCACACGCUGAAGUUCUACUACUGGGUCGUGAACCCACGGUCGAAGAGUGGCAUCUCUCCUAAGGGAAUGGAUGGCCCACGCCCCGCCCACAAGGAUAUCCUUACCAUCCGCGCGUACAUCCUUCUCUUUCUAAAGCAACUCAUUAUGAUCGGCAACGGCGUCAAGGAGGACGAGCUGCAGUCGAUACUAAACUACCUGACUACUAUGCACGAGGACGAAAACUUACACGAUGUCUUGCAAAUGCUGAUUUCUCUUAUGUCGGAACACCCCAGUUCGAUGGUGCCAGCUUUUGACGCAAAAGGUGGGGUGAGAACGAUUUUCAAGCUCCUAUCAUCAGAAAGCCAACUUAUAAGAUUACAAGCUCUGAAAUUACUUGGAUUCUUUCUUAGCAGAAGUACACACAAACGAAAAUACGACGUGAUGUCUCCCCACAACCUAUACACGCUGCUGGCGACACGGCUGGGAGCGUGCGGCGAGGGCCUGGCGCUGCCGGUGUACAACGCGCUGUACGAGCUGCUGACGGAGCAUGUUGGGCAGCAAAUCCUAUACACCAGCCACCCGGAGCCGCAGCCGCACUUCAGGCUGGAGAACCCCAUGAUCCUCAAAGUGGUGGCAACAUUGAUCCGGCAGUCAAAGCAGACGGAGCAGCUGCUAGAAGUCAAGAAGCUGUUCCUGUCAGAUAUGACGCUGCUGUGCAGCAACAACCGCGAGAACCGCCGCACAGUGCUGCAGAUGUCCGUCUGGCAGGAAUGGCUGAUAGCGAUGGCGUACAUCCACCCGAAGAAUGCUGAGGAGCAAAAGAUCUCCGACAUGGUGUACUCGCUGUUCCGGAUGCUGCUGCACCACGCCAUCAAGCACGAGUAUGGUGGUUGGAGGGUGUGGGUGGAUACACUGGCUAUUGUGCACUCUAAGGUCUCAUACGAAGAGUUCAAGCUGCAGUUCGCUCAAAUGUACGAGCACUACGAGCAGCGGCGCGCUGACAACAUCACGGACCCGGCGGAGCGGCAACAGCGCCCGAUCUCCACCAUCUCGGGCUGGGACCGCCACGCCGACGCGCGCGUGCCCGACGCCGACAGCGUUGCCAGCUCGCCCGUCUCCAUCCGCAAGCAGAACGUCCUCAACCACGCCGCCCAAACAGAAAUCGGCAAGGGCCUCUCCCUCCGAGAAGUCGAGGCCUGCAGCUGCAAAACCGACGAUCGGACUACACAGGUCGUGUACAGUGAAGUGUGUAAAGUGCAUAGCCCUAAGCGUACCGAAGUGCCCCCCGAUGGUUGUGAUAGUGUUAAAUGUACAGACAGUGAGGUGGAACACGCGAUAGACGAGGAACCGGAACACAAAUUGCUCAAUGCCGAUAGCGAAUUAGUCGACUCUAUUAUAAACGAAAACAAAUAUUUGGAGAGCUCCGAAUCUGGAAUCGCGACUGUUGAAAACUCGGAGAAGACGGACAAACCUUUGACGAGGCAGGGAAGCCUCGACUACAUCCCGGUCAGAGACGUCGGCGAUGGCGUCUCGAAGGACGACAACACGGAUAAGAGCGAAGGAAUACCUUCCAGUUUGUCGGCAAGUGAAACUGCGAGCCCUGAGAGGGUUGCCGAGCUUAACAUAGUGACAGAGAGAGAAUCGGAGUUGUCGGAUCCGUCCGAGUUGUAUCUGACGCCGAGCGAAGCGACUAGCCCUAAGAAAACGCAAGAUAAGACUGACAUACACAUUCCAGACGACGACAGUGAUGACCCUAAGCACGUCGCGAUAAACAUCGUCAAUGACGUGCUGACGAUCGCUUUAGAAACUGUCAGAUUAAAAACAGAUGACGACACCGAUUCAGGUGCGAUAUCGGGAGGCUUACAUUCCGAAGGUAACACACCAAACGGUCGCGAAGAUUUCGAGCAUGAAAUCGAAGAAAUCAUUGACGAGAAACGAAUGGCUGAAGCUAUUGCCAAUGAGCUCGUAGAUGAUAUUAUUAGUAAGGUAGUUUCGAUUGAGGAAGAUAAGGUCGAAGACGAAAAUGUAAAUAAUACGUCGGACGAUAACAGCCCUCAAAGGGUUAUACCGUCGGACCAUCCGCACGAGGGGAACGUUUUGCCUCUAGAUGGGGAAUUUUUAGUCAAUUCUAGGAAAGAAGAAGAAGAAAAGACAACAGAAACCGAAAUCGUUGAUGAAGUGUCUGAAGAAAACGCGAAAAACGAAAGCCAAAGAGUAGAGAUGCCCACAGAAGAGGAACCAAAGACGCCGGAGAUUCCGCCUAUAUCGACGAUCAGCGAGAAUAUCUCGCUGGCCAAUAAAAAGGAGCAAGAGAGUGAGGAGGAAAGGAAUCGCGAGGGAGAAAGAGAGAAGCGCCGCGUCAGUCUGCCGGGAGACGGCGAGAUGAAGCAGGACAGCAAUAGGAGCGAGGGCGUGGCCUCGCAAGGGACGAAUACGUCUACGUCACCGAAGAGGCCGCGAAGCGCUUCUACGAGCACUCAAGUAGACUCAAACCACUUCGAAUCCAAGCGGCCGUCGAAAUGCUCGCGAGCCAUGUUCUCGCCGGGCCCGACGCGGCCGCCGUUCCGCAUCCCGGAAUUCCGCUGGUCAUACAUACACCAGCGGCUGCUGUCUGAUGUUCUGUUCUCGUUAGAGACUGAUAUACAGGUGUGGCGAAGCCACUCAACCAAAUCCGUGAUAGACUUCGUGAAUAGCAGCGAGAACGCGAUCUUCGUGGUGAACACGGUUCACCUGAUCAGCCAGCUGGCCGACAACCUGAUCAUCGCGUGCGGUGGCCUGCUGCCGCUGCUGGCUUCGGCUACGUCCCCCAAUAACGAACUCGACGUCAUCGAGCCGACCCAAGGCAUGCCAGUAGAAGUGGCAGUGACGUUCCUUCAGCGCCUUGUCAGCAUGGCUGACGUACUGAUAUUCGCCAGUGCGCUGAACUUCGCUGAACUAGAAGCUGAGAAGAACAUGUCUUCUGGAGGCAUCUUGAGACAGUGCUUGAGAUUGGUGUGCACGUGCGCGGUGCGCAAUUGUCUCGAGUGCAAGGAGCGCCAGCGAUACGCCGCUGCCCGAGCCGCUCGCCCUACGGACUCACCCGACCCCAAGAGUGUGGUGGCAAGUCUUGCUGAUGCUUCGAGUCCUGUCAAGGAUCCCGAGAGGCUACUUCAGGAUAUGGACGUGAAUAGGCUUCGAGCCGUCAUUUAUAGAGAUGUUGAGGAGACGAAACAAGCUCAGUUCCUGUCUCUAGCGAUCGUUUACUUCAUCAGCGUGCUCAUGGUGUCAAAGUACCGCGACAUUCUCGAGCCGCCGGCGCACGCGCCGCCAGACUGCGUGCGCAGGUCUCCGUCUCUCUCCAAAGCAGCCGGGAGCCGGCCGCUGUUCCCCCAGUGGUCUCACCACGUGUACCCGCAGUUCCUGCCUGAACAUAAUGGGGAUGACGUGGAAUACGCCAUGAUAGUCGUCGAUGAGAACAAUUCCACGAUAAAUGAUUUGGACUCGCCCUCAAUGAAGGAGUCGAGUGGGAAGGAAGAGGCUGUUGCCAAAAUUGAGACGACGACUGACGAACUGAAGCCGAGCGCUGAAAAGCCGAAAGAGAUCGAGAUAGCGGUGACGCCGGCUUCUGAAAAGGAGGAGCCUCUGUACAAGUCGAGCCUGCGCCUCAAGCAGACUAAAGCCAAGAGCGUGGACUCAAUAGAAGACGCGGGUUCCUUCCACCUUAACUCUACGGAGACCACGAACAAUGAUCCUGAGACUUCGAGCGAGAUCGCCAUGGACGACAACAAACAUCCGGUCAGCAACGACGAAUCGUGGACGGACGUGAACCUGAACGAGGAGGGCGAGAGAGGGCCGGCCACCAUCACCGGCAGGACGCGCGACCACGAGGGAAAUAUACACGAAGAUAUAGACAAACAAAUCCACAUGAGGAACUCUGAGUCGCACCACCACCUGCAACAGAGGCAUCAGAAUAGGAACCUACAGGCUGCACAGAGGCAUCUACACCCCGACAACGAGACGCUAGCCGGUCUAAGCGCGAUGAACGCUUCCAUGACCGCCGACGGCGCAUCCCGCGAGGCGUCUCUCACGCACAAGUUGGAGACAGCGCUGGGCCCCGUGUGUCCCCUGCUGAGAGAGAUAAUGCUGGACUUCGCCCCCUUCCUGUCCAAGACCCUGGCGUCUCUCACGCACAAACUGGAGACGGCGCUGGGCCCCGUGUGUCCUCUGCUGAGAGAGAUCAUGCUGGACUUCGCCCCCUUCCUGUCCAAGACCUUAGCGUCUCUCACGCACAAGUUGGAAACAGCGCUGGGCCCCGUGUGUCCUCUGCUGAGAGAAAUCAUGCUGGACUUCGCCCCCUUCCUGUCCAAGACCUUAGUUGGAAGCCAUGGACAGGAGCUGUUGAUGGAGGGUAAAGGCCUGCAGACCUUCAAGUCCAGCACCUCCGUGGUAGAACUGGUGAUGCUGCUGUGCUCCCAGGAGUGGCAGAACUCGCUCCAGAAGCACGCGGGGCUGGCCUUCAUCGAGCUCAUCAACGAGGGGCGGCUGCUGUCGCACGCUAUGAGAGACCACAUCGUCAGGGUGGCCAAUGAGGCCGAGUUUAUAUUGAACAGGAUGAGGGCUGAUGACGUGCUGAAACAUGCCGAUUUUGAGUGCUUAUGCGCAACCACGAGCGCCGAGCGAGCGGAGGAGGAGCGAACGUGUGAACGACUAAUCGCUGCUGCGCGACGUCGCGAUACUGCCGCCGCUGCAAGACUGUUGGACAAGCUGCGACAUGCGGCCACACACCCUGGCAACACGAGCCAGUUCUGGAAGCUGGACUCGUGGGAGGACGACGCGCGCCGCCGCCGCCGCCUCGUGCCCGACGCGCGCGCGCGCCGCCACGCCGCCGCGCCCGCCGCGCCGCCGCCGCCGCCGCACCACGACGCAAUACUACAGGCCACAGAGGAGCUUCACGCUCGAAUCUGCGCGGGCGGUGGAGGAGCGCGCGGUGCACAGUUGGCCACGCCGGCCGCCGCAGAACUCAUUGAUGACGCCGAGCUACUGUUAGACGACAGAGACAUUGACGCGGACCUCACAGGUCCAGUGAAUAUCAGUACGAAGGCGCGGCUGGUGGCCCCAGGCCUGGUGGCGCCGGGCACGGUGUCGCUGACCUCCACGGAGCUCUACUUCGAGGUUGACGACGACGACCCCGAGUACAAGAAGAUUGACCCUGAGGUGUUGAAGUACUGCGAGCACCUGCACGGCAAGUGGUACUUCAGCGAGAUCCGCGCCAUCUUCUCGCGCCGCUACCUGCUGCAGAAUGUGGCCAUCGAGAUGUUCCUCGCCAGCAGAACGUCGAUAUUCUUCGCGUUCCCCGACCAGGCCACCGUGAAGAAGGUGAUCAAGGCGCUGCCGCGCGUCGGCGUCGGCAUCAAGUACGGCAUCCCGCAGACCAGACGCGCGUCGAUGAUGUCCCCGCGGCAACUCAUGCGCAACUCGAACAUGACGCAGAAGUGGCAGCGCCGCGAGAUCUCCAACUUCGAGUACCUCAUGUUCUUGAACACUAUUGCAGGACGAACGUACAAUGACCUGAACCAGUACCCGGUGUUCCCGUGGGUGCUGACCAACUACGAGAGCGAGGAGCUGGACCUCAGCCAGCCCUCCAACUACAGAGAUCUUUCGAAGCCCAUCGGAGCCCUGAACCCGAGCCGGCGAGCUUACUUCGAGGAGCGCUACAACACGUGGGAGCACGAGUCCACGCCACCCUUCCACUACGGCACGCACUACUCCACGGCUGCCUUCGUGCUCAACUGGCUCGUCAGGAUCGAACCAAUGACGACGAUGUUCCUGGCACUGCAGGGCGGCAAGUUCGACCACCCCAACAGGCUGUUCUCAUCCAUCGCGCUGUCCUGGAAGAAUUGCCAGCGGGACACCUCCGAUGUCAAGGAGCUGAUCCCGGAGCUUUUCUUCCUACCCGAAAUGCUAAUCAAUAGCUCGGGCUACCGGCUGGGCAUCCCCGAGUCUCCCUCCGGCGACGUGAUCCUGCCGCCCUGGGCCUCCUCUGCCGAGGAGUUUGUGAGGAUCAACAGGAUGGCGCUGGAGUCUGAGUUCGUCAGCUGCCAGCUGCACCAAUGGAUAGACUUGAUCUUUGGAUAUAAACAGAGAGGCCCCGAAGCGGUCCGAGCAACCAACGUGUUCUACUACCUCACAUACGAAGGCGGAGUCCGCCUCGACCAGAUCACGGAGCCGGUGACGCGCGCCGCCAUCGAAGACCAGAUCCGAAGCUUCGGACAGACGCCUGCCCAGCUGCUAAGCGAGCCUCAUCCUCCAAGAGCAUCUACUAUGCAUCUGGCACCACUGAUGUUUGCAGCAGCACCUGAUGACGUGUGCUUGAGGCUGAAACUACCCUCAAACGCAGCUGUGGUCCAUGUGUCAGCUAAUACGUAUCCACAACUGGCUAUGCCUGCUGCUGUCACGUCAAUUAGAAGCUACCCUCAAAUGCUGCAAUGGUCUACGUCUCAUUCGCUCAGCCAACACAUACCCUUAGCUGGUUAUAUCCACUCCAGCCACGGCAAGAACCAGCUGCUAAGCGAGCCGCAUCCUCCUAGAGCGUCUACUAUGCAUCUGGCACCGUUAAUGUUCGCAGCAGCACCUGAUGACGUGUGCUUGAGGCUGAAACUACCCUCAAAUGCAGCUGUGGUCCAUGUGUCAGCCAACACGUAUCCACAACUGGCUAUGCCCGCUGCUGUUACGUCAAUUAGAAGCUACCCUCAAAUGCUGCGAUGGUCUACGUCUCAUUAUCUCAUCCAACACAUACCCUUAGCUGGUUAUAUCCACUCCAGUCACGGUAAGAACCAGCUGGUCAACGAGCCACAUCUUCCAAGAGCGUCUACAAUGCACCUGGCACCGUUAAUGUUCGCAGCAGCACCUGAUGACGUGUGCUUGAGGCUGAAACUACCCUCAAAUGCAGCUGUGGUCCAUGUGUCAGCUAAUACGUAUCCACAGCUGGCUAUGCCUGCUGCUGUCACGCACCUGAUGACGUCUGUCUACGACUUAAACUACCCUCAAAUGCAGCUGUGGUCCAUGUGUCAGCCAAUACGUAUCCACAACUGGCUAUGCCCGCUGCUGUUACGUCACGGUAAGAACCAGCUGCUAAGCGAGCCGCAUUCCCCGAGAGCGUCUACUAUGCAUCUAGCACCGCUAAUGUUCGCGGCAGCACCUGAUGACGUCUGUCUACGACUUAAACUACCCUCAAAUGCAGCUGUGGUCCAUGUGUCAGCCAACACGUAUCCACAACUGGCUAUGCCUGCUGCUGUCACGAAGCUGCCCUCAAACGCUAACAUCUCAGACUCUCAGACAACUCAGCUGGUUAUGUCCACUGAUGUCACGGUAAGAACCAGCUUCUCAGCAAGCCUCAUCCCCCAAGAGCGUCUACUAUGCAUCUAG